GUCACGCCGCUCCGUGCGUGUGGCGUCACGCCGCUCCGUGCCGGGCCGUGCGUGCCGGGGCCGCAGCGGCGGGUCGGCGCCGGGGCCGGGGCCAUGCUGGAGGAGGCGGGCGAGGUGCUGGAGUCGGUGCUGAAGGCCUCGUGCCUUCCGCUCAGCUUCCUGCUCUUCGUGCCCGCCGUGCUCCUGCUCCUGGGUCCGCCGCCCGCCGCCGAGGCCGCCCACGAGUUCACGGUGUACCGCAUGCAGCAGUACGAGCUGGGCGGGCAGCCCUACGGCACCAGGAGCGCAGUGCUUAACACAGAGGCCCGCACAGUAGAAGCGGAUGUCCUCAGCCGCCGCUGUGUCAUGAUGCGGCUGGUGGAUUUCUCGUAUGAGCAGUACCAGAAGGCUCUUCGCCAGUCAGCUGGUGCUGUGGUGAUCAUCUUGCCGCGGUCUAUUUCUUCUGUCCCACAGGAUGUUGUAAGGCAAUUCAUGGAGAUAGAGCCAGAAAUGCUUGCUAUGGAAACCAUUGUGCCAGUCUACUUUGCAGUGGAAGAUGAAGAGCUGCUGUCUAUCUAUGAACAAACACGGGCUGCUUCUGCAUCACAGGGAUCUGCCUCAGCCGCAGAAGUUCUGCUGCACACUGCAACUGCCAAUGGCUUCCAGAUGGUGACCAGUGGGGCUCAGAGCAAAGCCAUCAAUGACUGGCUUAUACCCAGUGUAGAGGGAAGGCUGACAGGGCUGGGUGGAGAAGAUCUACCCACUGUUGUGAUAGUCGCGCACUAUGAUUCCUUUGGAGUGGCCCCAUGGCUGUCACACGGUGCUGACUCCAAUGGCAGUGGUAUUUCAGUGCUGCUGGAACUAGCCAGGCUGUUUUCACGGCUCUACACUUAUAGACGAACUCAUGCUGGGUAUAACUUACUGUUCUUUGCAUCUGGAGGUGGCAAGUUUAAUUAUCAAGGAACCAAGCGAUGGCUGGAAGACAAUUUGGACCACACUGAUUCCAGCCUGUUGCAGGACAAUGUAGCAUUUGUUCUCUGCCUUGACACUCUAGGCCGAGGCAAUAGCCUUCAUCUUCAUGUCUCAAAGCCUCCCAAGGAAGGGACCUUACAGCAUGCAUUUCUGAGAGAACUGGAGCUGGUUGUUGCCAGCCAGUUCCCAGAGGUGAAGUUUUCCAUGGUGCACAAGAAGAUAAACUUGGCCGAGGACAUGCUGGCAUGGGAACACGAGCGUUUUGCGAUCCGACGCUUGCCAGCAUUCACCAUCUCCCAUUUGGAGAGCCACCGGGACAGUCUGCGCAACAGCAUCAUGGAUAGGAGGGCACGAGUAGACACUAAGGCACUAACCAGGAAUACUAGGAUCAUUGCUGAGGCUUUGACAAGGGUCAUUUACAACUUGACAGACAAGGGAGCACCUGCAGAUCUGCAGAUCUUCACAGAUCAGAUGCAGAUCCAGCAGGAGCAACUUGAAUCAGUGAUGGACUGGCUGAGCAGUCAGCCCAGGGCUGCUCAGCUGAUUGAUAAAGACAGCACCUUUCUCAGCACCUUAGAAUAUUAUAUGGGUCGCUACCUGAAAGAUGUCAAACAGCAUCAUGUAAAAGCAGACAAACGGGACCCUGAGUUUGUUUUCUAUGACCAGCUGAAACAGGUGAUGAAUGCAUACAGGGUCAAGCCAGCGAUCUUUGACCUCCUCCUGGCUGUUUGUAUUGCAGCCUACCUUGGUGUUGCCUACGUUGCAGUGCAGCAUUUUGGUCUCCUUUACAAGAUGAUACAGAGAUUAUCCCUUAAAACCAAGCAGCAGUGAAGCAACAAGUCAUGAUCCUUACAGCAGCAUUGAGCCAUCGGGAGAAGCUCAGAGACUUCAGAAGUUUGUUCAGGUUGUUUAAACACUGAACAGCUGAUGCUGAGCAGCUUUUAUGAGGGUAGAACAAAGUCCAGCACCUUCAUGGACAUAUGUGACGUACAGCCAGCUUGGAAGCUGAAACUACAGAGCAGAUGUAUUACCUCUGCCCAGCAAACAAGGACUCAGAGCACUUGCUUAAAAGAAAAGAAAAUGUGCAUAUGCAAAUUAAAGAGAAUACUAUUAGUAUGUUUUCUUAUGGCACCUCUUCAUUAAGUUCGCUGCCUGGCUUUAGGAAGGUGUGCUGAGCAAGCAGUAUCUCCAGCAAGCAUCUUUUUGCAUUUUGUUUAGACAGUGCAAUAACUCAUUCCCUUUUCAGAGGUGCACUGUAAACAGUUUUGACUGUUAUAGAGGGAAUGAGGAAAGAGUGUUAAAACGGGUUCCUGCAGUAGGGUUCUUACCAGGACAUAUUGUCCUGCCUCUAUUGGAGGAUGCAUUUUGCUGUGUACUUGAUUUCUCUUAAAGUUUGCCCUUGAACAGUUUGCUGCUGCCACCACUUUGUGCUAAACUCUUGCAUGGUUUUUAAGAGGUGUUCUACAGUCCCAAAUGCUGCAGGACAACGUUUUGUGGUGUUCCAUGUAUUUAGUCAAGCUGGUUUUAUUAAUUGCAAGAGCAGCACAGUUCAAUCUGAGCUCUGGUCAAUCAUUGUUCCUCAGUUUACGCUUCCAGAUGGUUCUGGGUUUUGGGCUGUUUUGCUGUGUCCACCUGCAUCUCAGGGUCUCAUUUCACAUUUUUCAGCUCUGUUAUUUCUGAAAACACUGUUCCUGGCCUGCAUGUAUACACAAAUUUCCAAAGUGCUUGUUGCUGUCUCCUUUCAUACUCUGCCCCUAGUAUGUAAGAAGGGAGGCAGGUCACUUGGCUGUUAGAAAACAAAACAAACAAACAACACACACACAUGCAAGUUUUAUGAAUGUCAUUUUAAAAGUGGCUGUUUUGAGGACUGUAACCAUGAGAUCCUAUCUUGGAACUCACUCUUUUAUGUUUAUCCUCGGGCAAGCCUUGUUUAUAGCUAUCUCUCGCCAUCCAGAAGCGUUAGCAGUCUAGUUGCGAGUGCUGUGUGAAGCUGUUGAGGGCCAGGUAACCAGUUGCUCCAGCAUUGCCGUCAUCUUAAGUUUAAGCUUUUCUUGCAUUCCGGUGACUGAGAUAAGCAGGAUGGUACUUCUCACCAGUUUUUGGUGAGAGGUGGAUAUGCUUUCUGGGCAGUGCUGUACUUCGUUUACCCCCAAGUUCUUCUGGAAUGUAUCAAGAUUUUUGACUACAAGUCCUAGGCUAGCUGUAGUUCUAGAGGGUGGACUGAAUGAAUACCACUGUCCUGCCACUCAACAAAGUCUCUUUGAGACCUUUCUUUAGUUUGCUUUCUGCGUAUGAGAAAGCUAUGACAAGCUAUGUCGACUACUUAUCUUUUUUUUUUAUUUCUUUUAAACAACUGCUUUUAUUUAAAGUAGCAUUUCUUACAGAGGCUGAAAAGCUCUUGUGGAUUUGAAUGAUGGUAUCCCUUUUCUUUUGUACACAAGGAAAAUUAAAGCUGUGCAUCCUUGUAUGCACUACAGCUGCUGUGUGCAUGCUCCUUAAAGGGUUUUUUUUUUUUUUAGACCACUAUCCAUGUCCCAUUGUCUGUAGGGAGGGAUGACAAAAGCAUGGGUUUCCAUCCAUCUUUGUUUCUUUUGUUGUAGUCUCUUUGGCGUACCUUUGCCCCAUUGAGCAUGCUUUCUGCUGAUGUGUAGCAACUUGUACUUUAAAGGGUCUUUUCUUCUCAAGGAGAGCAUGCUAUUGUCUCUGGCUCCCUGUAAUAUCAGCAGGUGGCAUGGUAUCAAGCACUCCUGAAAUAUCAGCCCUACAGGAAAACUUGCCUUUUUUCUAGUGUGGGUUUUUUGUGCUUGUUGAAAUAUGUCUCUCUGCAUGCAUGAAGUAUUUGUGACGCUCCUCUGCCAAAUGAAUUUAUAAUGACUUCAGAAAGUGGUUGCUUGUUCUUGGGUGGCUAGAAGAUGAGCUUUGGUUGUGUUCCACUGAUUCUUAUGCUCUGCACUUAGAGACUGCACAUACUGUGCUCUGGGAAGGUGUAGAUCUGGACUGUGUGGGUAUAGAACAUGCGCGGUACAGUGGCUAUCUGGAGAACUUCUCUGUAGGUUCUGAAUAGCUGGAAGCGGUACCAGAGGCCUCCAGCUGUACUGUAUGUUUCUAGCGUGUUACUCUUGGACAGGGUGUGUCCCCUCCAGUCCAGCAUAUUACUUAACCAAGCUUAAUGAAACUCUAUUACUUCAAUGGAAACAAAUAAGAAAGCCAAAAUUAUUAGCAAUCCUGCUUCAGCUUGACUUGAUGCACUUUAAAAUUUACAAGUAGUGGCAAGAGAGGCAGAACAGGCCUAGAGCAUUCUUCCUUGCAGUGGAGACUAUCAACCUUCAGUUUUCCAGCUAUGUCCUUGGCAGGGCUGUAGCAUUAAAGCAAACACUUUAUCUCCUUGUGGCUUCAACAGUAAAAUAUCGCUCCUGAUGCAGUGCCAGAAGCCAGUGGCAACUGUGUAAAAGAAAGGUCGACAGAGGUAAAUGGAGAAAGUUCAUAAACUCUGGGGGCAGCUGGGAUAGUGCAUUGUUCUCUCAUGCACGAGGGUAAUUUAUGCCGUAAUCUGAUUAGAUGUGUUUCAUUAUAGUUACCUGACUGCCAUAGAAAGUAUUUCCUACUACAGAUAAGGGUUUAUGCUUCUGAUCAAAGUGUGCGUAUGCUGAAACAUUAUAUACUCAAAUCUGAGAUAGUCAAAUUCCAACUUUAUCGUAGCUGGAACAGAGUGCCCAUCCUGGGAGUGAACUUAGUUCCAACGUUGCUAUGUUUCCUUUGGGAAGUUGACAGAGAAGCAUGUAAAUAGCCCCUACUAUUCUGCUAGGUUUUAAAAGAACAGGAAAAAUGGUGCUGAUGCAUACUGCAGCACAUCCGAUUCCUCCUGUUACCACCGUGACACACAGAGGCAGAAAUGCAGCAGCUGUUCUGGUAAAAUAAAGUUCUCCACAUUACAUAAGAGCUCUGUGUAGCAGAUCCUCGCACCCCUAUUUUUACCUAUCCUUUUAUCAUGAGUUUCCCAGGCCUGGAAGGAAGAAGCAUGAAAGCACAUGCCCGCAUAUACACGACUAGCUAGCAGUUACCUUUCUAGCCGUAAAACAAUGUUCUUCACUAUCUGUCUGACUUCACCUGUUGUCCUGGUGCUGUCAAAGUCUGUGGUUUGCAGAAAUUUGCGUUUCCAACAGGAUUUAAGCACUGAAGCUGUUUCAUUCUUUCUGUCCACUUCUCUCCCCGCCACCUGAGGCACUAGGGAUUACAUGUGAGUAGUUUGGACUCUUGUAAUUUAUCUCCCAAAUCAGAGAGGUUCCCUGCUAUAAGUACUACUAUGGAAUACGAAUUCCAUCCUUGUACUCACAGAGUGCUAAGAGGAAGGACCUUGAAGUCAAAAUGGAUAUAGGUACCCCACUACCUGUGGCUGGAAGAGUAACUACAAUCUAUUUUAAACCUUUAAAACCACAAAUACCCCCAAAUUAUUGUGGGCAUUGGGUUUGGGUCAUUUUGUUGUUGUUGUUGUUUUGUUUUGUUUCUGUUUUUUAAAUCACACUUGCUCAUGUUCAUAACACAAACCAAAACAGAGCUUCUCCAACACCUCAUGGCCAAGCUUUUAUGCGCAUUUAAAAGCCGUGUGGUUUGACUUACUGAUCUGAAAUAAUGGGGGUGCUACCAUGUGUCCCAGUAAAUUGGGCCUCUGGGUGUUGAAGUGUGGACUCUUACUAGCUCCCUUUGAUUUGCUUAGUUUUCACUUGUAGUUAUUGGAUAGCAACUUCAAAAGUUGUAAUCUGAAGUUUGCAGCUCAGGAAAAAGUGUUGAUUUAUCUAGUAAUGUUAACUCAUUUAUCUCUUGUGUGUCCUCAAGAACAAAUGUAUAUUGAGGUGAAUAUUUAAAAAAACUAUUAGCAAAGUCAAUGCAGUUUAUUAACAUUCUUUCUGAUUAUAAAUGUAAUGGUAUUUAAGUAUUUUAGCAUUUUUCAUUUCCUUGUUUGUCCCUUUUUCAUUUGGAAAAAUAAACCAAGUGCAAGUAGGUUUGAUGAA